AUGGCUAAUACACAUAAUGUGACUGAAUUCAUUUUUCUGGGACUUUCUCCUAAUCAGGAGGUGCAGACUGUUUGCUUUGUGCUAUUUCUGCUCUUGUACACAGCAAUUGUGCUGGGGAAUCUCCUCAUUGUGCUCACUGUCAUGACCAGCAGAAGUCUUGGUUCCCCCUUGUACUUCUUCCUCAGCUGCCUGUCCUUCGUGGAGAUCUGCUACUCCUCUACUUCAGCCCCCAAACUCAUCUCAGAUUUGCUGGCUGAAAGGAAAGCCAUAUCUCUGUGGGGCUGCAUGACACAGCUUUUCUUCAUCCACUUCUUUGGUGGCACUGAGGUGUUCCUGCUCACUGUGAUGACGUAUGACCGCUAUGUGGCCAUCUGCAGACCUCCCAACUACACCACCAUCAUGAACGGACAGGUUUGUGCUAUGUUGGUGGGAGCAGCAUGGGUGGGGGGCUUUGUGCAUUCCUUUGCCCAAGUCCUUCUCAUCUUCCGCCUGCCCUUCUGUGGCCCCAAUGUGAUCAACCACUAUUUCUGCGAUCUGCUUCCUCUGCUCGAACUUGCCUGCUCUGACACCUUCCUCAUUAGUCUGCUGAUUGUUGCCAAUGGGGGGACCAUGGCUGUGAUCAGCUUUGUGGUCCUUUCAGUCUCCUAUGUGGUCAUAUUGCUCCAUCUGAGGACUCGAAGCUCUGAGGGGCGGCGCAAGGCCCUCUCCACCUGUGGGUCCCAUAUCACUGUGGUUAUGUUGUUCUUUGGGCCCUGCAUCUUUAUCUAUCUGAGGCCUUCUACCACUCUGUCUGUGGACAAGAUGGUGGCCGUGUUCUACACAGUUAUCACUCCACUCCUCAACCCUGUCAUCUACUCCUUGAGAAAUGCAGAAAUGAAGAAGGCCAUGAAGAGGCUGUGGAUCAGGACAAUGAAACUGGAUGAGAAAUAGGGCUGUCUUUGUGUUUGUCCUUGCAUUUAGAAUGAUGCUUAGUCCCAGUGGAAGGGUAGAGUGAGAUAAAGGACAGGCCGGAGGACUUGUUACAUCUAGAGUCAUUCUAACUAGUUCCCUCCUUUAACAACUUCAUUGUAAUCACUUGUAAAAUAUUUUCUCUUAUGGAUGUACUAGUACUUAACUAGCCACUUUUCUGUUAGACCAUUUCUAAUUUUUUACUACUUUAAAUAACACUGUGGUAUUUGUGAAUAGAAAUCUUUAACUAUACUUCUGAUUUUUAGAAAGACCUCACUUG